AUGUCUCUCAAGUACAUCCUCCCCGUGCUGGCCGCCACCCAGGCCGUUUUCGCUGCCUCCGACAACUGUGGCGAUACCAAGAUCAAGACCCAGAGUGAUGCUGAUGGCGUCAACACCUGCUCCACCAUUAAGGGUGAUAUCACCAUUGACAAGUCCUUCAGCGGCGACCUCCAGCUCUCCGGCAUCAAGAAGAUCUCCGGUGGUCUGAUCUGCUCCGGUGGUCAGAAUGUCAGCUCUAUCACCGCUAGCUCUCUUACCUCGAUCGGCAAGGCCUUCGACCUGGAGGGACUUACCACCCUGACCCUGCUCGACUUCGCUGAGCUCGAGUCUGUUGGUUCGAUCAACUGGGAGGCUCUCCCCAAGCUCCAGUCGCUGUCUUUCCCCAAGGGUGUCAGCGAGGCUGGCGAUGUCAGCAUUGCCAACACUGGUCUGACUGACCUGAACGGCAUCUCCCUCAAGACUGUCGGUACCUUCAGCAUCCAGAACAACCGUGAUUUGAAGACCAUCAACAUCAACAACCUUCAAAACGCCACCGAUCUGAUCAGCUUCUCGGGUAACUUCGAUACCCUCGAGGUCGAUCUCCCCAACCUGGGCACCGGUACCAACAUGACCUUCCAGAACAUCUCCUCCGUCUCCCUGCCUUCCCUCGAGAAGCUCACCGGUCAGCUCGGCUUCUGGGGUACCAAGUUCCAGACCUUCUCCGCCCCCAACCUGACUCAGACCGGUGACCUGAUCUUCAAGGACAACACCAAGCUGUCCAACAUCAGCAUGCCCGUUUUGAAGACCGUUGCCGGUGGAUUCACUAUUGCCCGUGACAACAAGCUCUCCACCAUCAGUCUGCCCAUGCUGCAGCGUGUCAACGGUGCCAUUGACUUCAGCGGUACCUUCAACAAGCUUUCUCUUGGUGCUCUUAAGGAUGUCGAGGGUAGCUUCAACAUGCAGAGCACCCGCGGAAACUUCAGCUGCGACGAUCUCCGCAAGCUGAAGAGCGACAACGUCAUCAAGGGUAGCUUCAAGUGUGAUGCCACCAACGCCAACCCCACUACCAACGGAAAGACCGACUCCUCCAGCUCUAGCUCCAGCUCUUCCAGCACCAGCUCCGGUGCUGCCUUCAUGAACGGUGCCAACGUCCCCGUCGUCGGCCUCGCUGCCAUCUUCGGUGCCCUUGCCCAGCUUCUGUAA